AGGAUCCAGUCAAUGGUGGUGACCAUGAUAGAGAUCAGCCGUCUUGGAAGAAUAAAAAGCCCUAUAACAGCCACCACAACAACAAUUUCAACCAGCAGAAUUUUAACAGAAACCGGAUGCCGAUGCACGGACCAGGUGGAAUGGGUCCUAUGGACCCAGCGCUGAUGUUCCCCGAAGGCGUACCUCCAGGAUUUUAUGGUAAGAAGUGAGUUGAUUAUUGGAGCUCGAAUGUCGUUAUUGAGGGGGGAAACUUUGUGUUAUAACAUAUAGUUUCAUCUCGCCUCGUUUCCAGAAAUGAUGCAGGACCCCAAUUUUUUUAUGGACCCCUCCUUCUUCGGACCGAACGGAGUCUCUCCGUUUAUGAUGCCAGGGUUCAUGCCACCUUUUGGACCAGAGUUUGGAGGUAUGCCUGGACCAGGAGUGCCUGGAGGACCAGGAGGACCAGGUGUACCAAGUGGACCAGGUGGACCAGAGAUGUGGGGAAUGGGAAGGGGUAUCCCAGGUCUGCCUCCAAUGGGACCUGGAUUCCCCACUCCACGAAUUGGAUUUAGUGAUAGCCCAGGCGCCGGUCGAGGUCGGGGUCGCGGAGGGUGGCAAGAUCAUGCCAACAAUGCCAACAACAGGGGACCCGGCCAGCAACAGCAAACCCUUAACCAGGGCCCUAAUCGACCUGGCAGCCGACCAGAGGGCGGUUCAAACGUUGCCUCUGGUAGUGGAGAUGGACCAGUACAGCGCUCAGCUUCAGUUGAAGGGACGAAGGAUAUCACGACGCCGAGUCAUCGAAACUCUGUUUCGAGCGGCAAUGGACGAUUUGAUGAUGAUAUCGAUAUGAGUCUAGUCCCCACUGGACCGCGUGCAUCAAGGAGACUAUCGUUUGAUGAUAACGACGAAGAUAUUCCCACAGGACCACGUGCGGGGCCAGGGCCUGAUUUUGAGUACGAUCGCCGCUCGGGCGGUGGACGAUCAGAGUCGCCACCAACUGCACCUUUGGCAGACAGACUGCGAAACAGAUCUGGCAGCAGAGCUAGAAGUGAGAGAGCUGAUUACAGUAGCGAUCGUGAUCGUAGUCGUCACCGAGAAAGCAGAGACAGAAGCAGGGACAAGAGCACGGACAGAAGUAAGCCUGAGAAAGGCCGAGAUAGUGGACGAGACAGAGAGCGGGAGAAAGAGAGGGAUAGGGAUAAGGACCGUACCCGCGACCGUGAUAACAGAAACGGAGACCGGGAUCGCGAUAGUGACCGCCGUAGGGAUAGCAGUCGAGACAAACGAGACGAUCGUUCGCGCUCAUCACGACAUGACCGAGACAGGAACGAUCGAAGAUAUGACCGUCGGGACGAUCGACGCGAUGAGAGACGCAGUGAUAAACGUGACGAUAAACGAGAUGAUCGAAGAGAUGAUCGUGACCGAGAGUCAUCCCACCACCAUCCUGAGCGGCCUGAACGGUCGGAUCGCAACGAACACCGCCAUCACCGAGAUCGUGGACAUGAUUCGAGUGCAGACCAAGGCAGUCGCCAUGCGCGUGAAGUUUUAACUGGCGCAUCGUCGACAAGACAUGAGACGGCUGAUCCACAGCGCGAGUACGAGUUGAAGAGACAAAAUGUUAUGAACAUGCGCGCAGGAGGAGGCACUAAAACCUCAGAGAAUAAUGGUCAGGAAGAGGUAGUUUCGUUCAAGGGACGUGCCUCGGCUGCGAGAUCGAAUGCGCGUGAAAAGGGUGAUCGCGGUCGCACGAGCGGACGACGAGGCUAUGGCCAUGAAGACGACGAGAAGGAGGAUGAGGAAGAUGAAGACGAGGCAGGAAGGAAAGACAAUGGAGUGGUGGAGGAGAUCCGGUUCCGGAGAGGAGACUCUGACAAGGCGGAGCUGGCAGCGAUGGGUCUUGUCAGCAACAGUGCGCGUGAACGCGAACGACGCGAACACGAGAGACGCGGAGUGCGGGACUAAGCCCUUGGCCCGAUGAGAAAACGAAAACGCGGCCAACGUAUUCAGAUAUGUGUGGUUAAGAAAUAAAUGAAUAUGAAAC